AACAUCAUACCCGCCAUUAUUCUCAAACCAAAAAAACCUCCACAACCAUGAAUCUCUUCCCCACCAUCAUUACUCUCCUCUCCUUCCUCCUCUUCUCCUUCCUCGUCACAGCACAGCAACAGCAAAACUCUUCCUUCUCCUUCCCAUGGUACCAGACACAGAACCGAACUCUCCUCUCCCCCAACUCCGUCUUCGCCGCCGGAUUCUCCCCCAUCUCCGGCUCCUCAAACCUCUUCAGAUUCUCAAUUUGGUACCGGAACGUCACCGGACGAGCCGUUGUCUGGUCGGCUAGCAAAACCCCGGUGGACCGCUCCGGCGCCGUCACGUUAACUUCCGCAGGAGAAAUCCGCCUCGGAAACUCCACAGGACGAAACAUCUGGCUGGGGAAAACCUCCGCCAAUUCCAACACGACGAGAUUGAUCCUCCGGAACGACGGGAACCUGGUGUUUGGCGGCUGGGAAAGUUUCAAAUUCCCGACCGACACGAUCCUCGCAAACCAGACCAUAACGGGAACGAAAAUCGUCUCCGAGAACGGGAAAUUCAGCUUUAAAAACGCGACUGAUCUGUACUUCAACAGCUCGGACCGUUACUGGUCAGCGGCCGGCGGUAACGAGUUUGUGGAGAUGGAUUUCGCCGGAAAAGUGGAACAGGGAAACGGAGCUUCCUUGGUCACCUCCGACUACGGAAUCGAAAAUCGGCAAAGGAGGUUGACUCUCGACGACGACGGGAAUCUCAGGAUCUACGGAUUCGAUCCCCAUCUGAAUGAGUGGACCGUCGUAUGGCACGCCACGCACGAGCUCUGCACCAUCCACGGCUCCUGCGGGCCCUACGCGAUUUGCACCAGCGACGGCUCCAACUCCUCGUCGUGCGUCUGCCCACCGGGAUACGAUCAAACCUCCGGCGACGCCAAGGAGUUAGGCUGCGAAAUCAAAAUUCCGAUCAGAGAUUUCCGCACUUCGAGGUUUAUACGCCUCGAUUACGUGAAUUACACGUCGCCGAGACAUAGAACGCUGGACGGGAAGAAUCUCAGCGACUGUGAGACCAAUUGCACGGCGAAUCGGGACUGUCUAGGGUUCAUGUUCAAGUACGAUGGAAAAGGAUCGUGCUAUCUCAAUCUUGAUCGGUUGUUGAACGGUUAUUGGUCGCCGGGGACGGAGAGCGCCAUGUUUCUGAGGGUCGACAGGUCGGAGCCGGCGAAUACGACGUUUAAAGGGAUGACGGAGAUUCUAGAAACGACAUGUCCGAUCAGGAUCGAGCUCCCUUUGCCGCCGGAUGAUUCGAAUACGACGACGAGGAAUAUCGUGAUAAUAUGUACUCUUUUCGCGGCGGAACUGAUUUCCGGUGCUCUGUUUUUUUGGGCGUUCUUGAAGAAGUACAUCAAGUAUAGAGACAUGGCGAGGACAUUGGGACUCGAGCUUCUUCCCGCCGGCGGGCCGAAGAGAUUCUCCUACACUGAGCUGAAGGCUGCCACCGGAGACUUCUCGCACCUCAUCGGGAAAGGAGGUUUUGGCGACGUUUACAGAGGUGAGUUGGCCGACCACCGGGUCGUGGCGGUCAAGUGCUUGAAGAAUGUUGCCGGCGGGGAGCCGGAUUUUUGGGCGGAGGUCACCAUUAUUGCGAGGAUGCACCACCUGAAUUUGGUGCGUCUUUGGGGAUUUUGUGCUGAGAAAGGUCACAGGAUACUUGUCUAUGAGUAUGUCCCAAAUGGAUCACUUGAUAAGUACAUCUUUCCUCCUCAUCGGAUCGGGUCCGAUCGGUAUGAGGAGAAACCGGUUAUCGAUUGGAGCGUUCGUUACCGCAUUGCUCUCGGCGUGGCAAGAGCAAUUGCGUACUUACAUGAGGAGUGCUUGGAGUGGGUUUUGCAUUGUGAUAUCAAACCCGAGAAUAUACUGCUAGGGGAUGAUUUUUGCCCGAAAAUAUCAGAUUUCGGGUUGUCCAAGCUUAGGAAGAAGGAGGAUAUGGUUAGCCUAUCCAAGAUCCGAGGAACUCGUGGGUACAUGGCACCAGAGUGGGUCAAGUCUGACAUGAUCACCGCCAAAGCUGACGUGUAUAGUUUUGGAAUGGUGUUAUUGGAGCUGGUGAGUGGGGUCCGCAACCAUCAAAUGCAAGGGUCAGUAAUGGAGAGUGAGGAUUGGUACUUCCCUGGUUGGGCGUUUGAUAAGGUGUAUAAAGAAGUUAAUGUUGAAGAUAUUUUGGACCGUCAGAUCAAACAAUCAUAUGAUAGUCGGGCCCAUUUUGAUAUGGUUAACCGGAUGGUGAAGACCGCCAUGUGGUGCCUCCAAAGCCGGCCGGAGAUGCGGCCAUCGAUGGGCAAGGUUGCUAAGAUGUUGGAAGGAACGGUGGAGAUAACAGAACCAAAUAAACCCACCAUAUUUUUCCUUGGUGACGAGUAGGUUAACUUAUCUACUUUACAAUUAGAGUGUUUGCAAGUGUUACAAUAAAUUAGAUAUGUAAAUUAUUGUUCCCCCACAGAUAAUAUAUAUAUAUAUAUAUAUAUGUUAUUCCCCCAACUGUUGUUUUACUUUUCUAAACAAUACAAUCCUAAAAUGGGAAUAC